UAAACAGUAGCAUCAUUGCAUUUUUACGGAAAAGAUAACGCGUUUGUUUGAAUAAAAAAAUUAACUUAUUUCAUACGUUACGUAAAAGCGAUCGUUAUAUUUUAUCGUAUCUUCCAGCGUAUUUAUUAUUUAUUUGCUCGCUCGAUCUAUAAUCUUUGAUAUAAUUAUUUUUUGACAUUUUCAAAACUCGCGAUGAACCAGCUAUUAAUAUGACGUCCAGAAAUAACUUAACCUAUCCGGCUAUCCUAUCGAAUCGACAUCGAAACGAUAUUUACAGUUUGAUGAUUUCGACUGUCGAAUCGAUAUCGAUUCCAUUUUCAUUUCUCACUGUAAGGCUAGGGAACUGGGGAGUGGCUUUCCUCAUUUAAAUCACUUUAGUGCUAUACUAUUACGCUUUAGUUUUUUUUUUUUAUUUAAUUUGUACCGUGUCGAGUGUCUGCACUAGCUGAGAUUUUCUGAUUCCGCCCAAUUAUAAGUUGCAAAAUAAAAACAAGUUAAAAAAUAAUAGUCGUGCGUUAAAUUAUAAGCGGCCGCAACAUAAAUUAAAUAGAACACAACUAUUGUAAUGAAAUGGCUAGAUGAUGGUAAAAUGAUAAAAUGUCGCUCCCCCUUAUUGACGGGGGCACAUAUCUAUAAGCUGCAAGGGCAACACAUAUCUAUAUAGUACAUUGCACUUUUUUAUCUCCUUUUUUGUCAAGUGAACAUAUAAUUCUCGCAAUACGCAGUGUAUAUACGUAAUGCGCGCGCAAGUUUUUUUUUUUUACAAAAGUCGAAUAUCCCAAAUCACAAACGAUUCCCACGCUCCUUCUUUUUACGCGAAGGCGCCAAGAUACACGUCGGAGCGGCACGGCGCGGAAUUAUACCGCGAGCGUGAUUCCGAUACGAUCUACUAUUGUAAUUGCGUGUUGCGCCAUUUUAAUUAUUAUCGCGUUGCCCCUAUGGGAUAAAUAAGAUGCGCAAUUGACUUGCUGCGCUUUAAAACACAGUCAAAUGUCGCGUAUUAAAAGCAAUGCGUCUUCUCUUGCCAUAUAUUACGAUCGUCUUUCGAUCGUUCGAAUCACAUGAAAGAUCAUAGAUUGAUUGCGCAACGUAUAUAUUUGAAUUUGCUCCAAGUUAUUGUAGCAAAGUUUGAGUUAUUUCGCAGGCACCUGCGAACGCCAGCGAGCGCAGCGGAAUGCGGGGCAACCCAGGAGAACCCGAAGCGAUUCAACUCUGUGUGACCGCUAUCACGUCGCGCGAGUCACGUCGAAUUUAAAAGUUUGUUUUCUUCGUCAGCUGACCGCGCGCGGAGUAUGCGUGUGUGCAGGCAAAGUGCGAGCCACUAGACCAACGCUUCAACCGCUCGCACUCGACUCGGAAUAUCCAAUCGUUCCACCAAACUUGUAUACUAAUUAAUGUUAACUAUCAGGUUAUGUUGUAUAACAGAUUAAAUUUGAAAAAAUUAUGAAGCGCUUAGAAAAUAAAAGGAAAAACAAUACAUGUCGGGAAAAUCGUACAUAUAAUUGUCUCUUAGUGACACGUGCGUGCGUUUCCCUGCCAUCGCGAUUUCUAAUUGGAUAAUGGGAGUAUAUGGCUUGUGGAAGUUGCUCGAGGCAUCCGGAAAACCGGUACCCCUGGAAAGCCUCGAGGGCAAGGUCUUGGCGAUCGAUGUAUCGAUAUGGAUAUACCAAAUAUUGCAAGGAUACCAAGAUCGUCAUGGUACCCCUAGACCUAAUGCCCAUUUGCUUGGAUUAUUUACUAGAAUAUGCAAACUCCUAUAUUACAAAAUCAAGCCUGUAUUCGUCUUUGAUGGAGGUGUACCCAUGCUUAAGAAAAAUACAAUUGCCUUGCGCAGGAAGCAGAAAUCUAUUGCCACAAGUAAGGCGCAAAAGAUGAAGGCGGAUUUGAUAAACAACUUGAUAAAGCACAGCGUUGUAAAAACUGUUCUUAACAAGGAUCAAAAUUCCAAGGAUCAAAAUAGCGAGGCGAUACAAAUAACAAUGAAUAUGCAAACCAAACGUUCCGAUCAAGAUAUGUUUGCUCUGCCUGAUAUGCCUGGUAUCAGUGAUAUACAGAAUUAUGUCGAUGACGAUCAACACGAUUCUGACACUAUUGUCCAACUGAGUCCACGAAAACAGUCUAAAUGGAUAGGCAAUAUACAUAAUGUUGACGUAACGAGCAGCGAAUUUAAAGCGUUACCUGCAGACGUUCGUUACGAUAUACUCACUGAUCUUAAAGAAACGAGAAAACAAAAUUCCUGGGGCCGCUUGCAUGAAAUGCCACAAGAAUCGCAAGAGUUCUCAGGCUUCCAAUUGAAACGUUUACUUAAACGUAGACACGUGCAAACGUCUUUAGAAUCUGCUGAGAAGGAAAUGGGUGGAAAGACACUGACAUUAGAGGAGUUGGACAAACUGUUGACUGAACAAGGUGUUGAUACAAAGGGCAGAGACGCGGCUUUUCGUAUAGCCGCGGAUGAUACAACCAGAUUGAUUUACAUCUCUGACAAGAAUUUGUUAACAACAAAAUCUGUUGCAAACGAACCAGAGGGUAGAAGUGCGGAUACAAAUGAACAAGUUGAACCUAUUGCUGGUCCAAGUAAUCCCACGUCAAUUGUAGAAAACAUUGAUGAAUAUGAAUUAAAUGAUUCCGACAGUGAAGCCGAUGUAUCAAUCUAUGAUGAUUCUUUAUCCAUUGCAGAAAACAUUAAUGAGUAUAAAUUGGACGAUUCUGAUGUUGAGGUCGAUGUACCAAUCUAUAACGACUCUCUACUUAUCGCAGAAAACAUAAACGAAUACACGUUUGAUAGCGAUUGUGAAUCUGAAAAUAAUAUAAACGAAUCAUUGACAUUAUCGGGGAAGAGCACGAUGAAUCCUGCAUUAACAUACAUGUUAGAAUAUAGUGGUUUGUCUCAAAAUCAGAUUAUGCAUGUUAUUAAACGUAACAAGGAUGAAAGUCAUAAAACUACGAGCAAGAAUAUAAAAGCAACCGUAAACGAUAUUUGUACUGAAUUAACACAAGUUACACAACCAAUGGAUGAUAGCACGAUGUUAACAAUUCCUGAAAAUUGUGAGCAAGUUUUGAAAUCUGUACAACCGCAGAGUACGAAGGAUAUAUACACGCCCAAAGAGAAUAAGGCUGUUGAAUUAAUUAUGCCUAAUCCAGAUAAUGUCACUAAACUAUUGGAAAGUGAUGUCAAGAUUUCAAAUGUCACUACCACAUCUGACACUUCAAAUUUAAACAAAGAAAUAAUAUUUGAGGAGCGUUCUGCUGCAAAUGCUUUCUCCUCCAAAUCUAACGAUAUAGCGCAAAUAGAUACGUCAGAUUCUGAUUCCGAUGAUUUCAUCGAAAUUCAAGAUGUACCGAUAUAUGAUAUGAAUAUUUCAAGGAACACUACGGAGAAAAAAAAUAUCGAGAUAACUUUUAAAUCGGAUAAAAAACUAGAGGACGAUAUGUUUGCCGAUAUAUUUGAAAAAGUUAAUAAAGAAGAAGUUAUAUCGAUAAGUAAAGAGCAAGAACAGUUUGUCAAUACAGCAAACAAUAAAUGUCCAACACAAUUGAUUUCUAAACACAGUAAUAAUUUAAAAGAUAGUUUCUUAGAUACUAUAGCUGAAGAAUCAAUCGAGAAAGAAACCAAUAUUGAAUUGCCAGAAAAUACUCAGCAAGACGAAUACUUGAGCAAGAAUAUUUCGUCGACUGACGAAGAUAAAAUACAUGACGUCCAAAACUUGAAUAAAUUAUCAGAGCAAGAUGAUACAGAUACGCCUACUCAAAUUAAUCCUCUUGAUGAAUGUAUACAGGAGAAGCCAGUAGAGAGAGUGUUACCUAUUAACGAAGAAGAUUUGAUGGAAUUGAAGGGACAAUUAGAAGAUGAGCAAGAAGAACUGGCAAAAGACAUUGGCAAACUCGAGAGACAAGCUACCAAUAUUUCUGACCAAAUAAGAACCGAUGCACAGGAGCUAUUACGUUUGUUCGGCAUACCGUAUAUAGUAGCUCCCAUGGAAGCGGAAGCCCAGUGUGCAUAUUUGGAGCAAAUUAAAUUAACCAACGGCACAAUUACUGAUGAUUCUGAUAUCUGGCUUUUUGGAGGUCAAUGUGUAUACAAGAAUUUUUUUAAUCAAAACAAAAAAGUAUUACAAUUUCGUUCCUGUGAUAUUCAACAUCAUUUUAAACUCAGCCGCAAUCAAUUGAUACAAUUGGCCCUUUUGGUUGGCAGCGAUUAUACCACAGGGGUGACUGGCGUUGGACCAGUUACCGCGCUAGAAAUAUUAGCCGCAUUUCCUGCCGAUGGAGACAAUGUGUUAUAUGGGUUACAUAAUUUUUGUUCAUGGAUAAAGAAGGGAAUGGUUGCUACUCCUGGGAAAACAGGCUUACGCAAUAAAUUGCGAAGCAUGAAAUUGAACAGAGAUUUCCCAAAUCAAGCGGUUGUCCAAGCGUAUCUCUUUCCCACGGUCGACGAAUCAAAGGAAACUUUUACCUGGGGUAAGCCGAACGUUGUGCUACUUUGCGACUACGCUAGGCAGAAAUUUGGAUGGACAAAGGGCAAAUUCGACGACACGAUGAUUCCGAUAUUGAGAAGAAUGGAAGAAAAUAAGAAUCAAAAAUUAUUAGAUAUGUAUUUCAAAGCGAAAGCGUCUCCGCGUUCUAUCGAACCAAACUUGAGUAAAAGAGUACAGAAGGCUUUGCGCAGAUUAAAUAAUGACGAUAUGGACACGGACAGUAACGUAGAUGACGAACCUCGAAUUAAGAAAAGCAAAAAAAGCAGUAAUGUUCAAAAAUCGAGCGAUGGAAAGAAUUCAAUUAUCGAACUUGAGACAUCGGUUCAAGAGAGUAUCCCGUCUAUUAAAACAAGUACUAUCCCCGAGAAAUCUAUUAAAGCCGUUAAAAAGGAAUAUACUAAGGAAUAUAUACCACAACGAGAAAAAGAUAAGGCAUGCGCGUUAGAAAGAAAAUUGCACGCUAUAGAAAUAUUUAGAAAAUCGAAACAAGGCCUGGACAAAACGAAAAAAGUCAAAUGCAAGGUACGAAAAAUCAAAGAACAGGCAGAAUUAUCGGAAAGUGAUAGCAACUAGAUCUAUUUGAUAAAAGAAAAAAAAAUGCACAUUCAUUAUAUAGAUCUCUUUUGAAAUAUGUUACUAUGUUAAUAUUGAGCUCUAUUUCUUUGUACAAGCUCUAUAGUAAUGCGUAACUAAAUUGAGCUAAACUGAGAUUUUUUUACAAUUUUUUCUUCACGACAAGAAGAGAAUUUAAUAGUCAUUCGUCAUUAUAUCAAUAAUAUACCUUUGUAUUUUAUCGAUAAGAUUGGGUGGUUCUCGAAUUUUUCACGUCGGCAUGGUGCGAUUAAAUUUGAUAAAUUUAUAUACAAAUUUAUUAUUAAAUAUAUACAACAUUAAUAAUAAUGUAACAGAAUUGUCCUAUAAUUUAUUUUUAGAAUGUAAAUUUGUUAAUUACACUUAUUAAAAUCUGUCUAUAUGUUAAA